AUGAAGCCAGGAAAAGGUUCGGAAUCCCGAGAAGAAAUUGCUGAAGUCCACUCUAUCGCCCGUUCUCCUUCUCCAAAGCACAAAGGUAAAACUAGAUCACGUAGUAGAUCCGGCUCCCGAAAGUUAUCAAACGGUCAUGCUUCUGCUGAAUCAGGAGAGAAUCAGGCGGAGCAAGUUUCUGAAAAGGCUAAAAUAAGAGAGAUCUGGACAAAAUCUGAACAAGAAUCACUAGACACCGAGUUACCGAUACAUGAUCAAAUUAAAAGGGGUAUAUUGGGCUUUGUGGAGAAGGAGAUAAAGAAAACUGACAAACCACCGUCUUUUGUUUUUUAUUCGCAUGAUCCAAAUGGUCUAGAGGAUAAAUUUAUGAAGAAUCUGUCAAGACCAUCAAGUAGUCAUAAAGAGAAGCGUAGUCCAUCCUAUAGAAAGAAGAAAAGGCAUUCCUCGAGGCAUAGAGACAAAGAUUUGCAUGAUUUUGAAGUGCCCGGUUCUAGUCUUAUUGCUUUAGAGAAGGUUGAUGAUUAUCUCAAAGAAUAUAAUAAAGAUGAAGUUGUUACAUUGAGUGGUGAAUUAGAUAUAGAAGCUCACGAUGUUGAGAAUAAUAAUGGGUCAAGUAGAGAAUUACGUCAUAAAUCAAGAAAGACAAGACGAAAACCUCGAGAAGAACGGCAUGAUAAUUCUAAUGGGAGAAAUGUCAGUCCAAAAGUUUUUAAGACUGCAAGUAAAAGUAAAUCAAGUAAACCUGCGCGUCCUGCAGAUCUAACUACUAUGCUAGAAAACAUUCAAGCCAGUGUCCCGUAUCAUGAUCAAUACAUUGACAAUCCAUUCUCGUCACCAUCUCCGCUGACUUCACCAAAUGAUGACAGGUUAGGUCUGUCCCGUAGGCCUGAAAAGAUUUAUCUUCAAGGAGGUGGAUCAUUUAGAGUUGUAUCUAGAGAAAGGAUAAUGGAGUCACAACAAUCUAAAGAGGAGGAGCGAUAUGCAAGACUAGGCGAUCCGACUCCACUGGAUGUAGCACUAACAGUCCAAAAAGCAUGGCGUGCCUUUGCCAGUGCCUGUCAUGGGGUACUUGGAGGGCUAUCUCUGAUGCAUUUGCUCCUCAUCAGCUAUUCUGACAGCCUGGAUGCUGGGCAUUUAUCUUUCCAUGCCGUGGUCACAAUGCCAUAUGUUGCGGCAUAUUAUUUCUUCUGUGUUCUCUGCUUGGUGUCUGUUUUAGAUCGCCUAGAUAUUACCAAUAUAGACACGACACGUGGCCUACAACCUUGGUUCCAGCCAAUCGUAUUAGUGAUCUUGUAUAGUGCUUGUCUCCUGGUCUGUUCUGUUGCAAGAAUCUAUGAUGAGCUGAUGGUCUACCAGUAUGCUCCACUGGUGGCGAAUAUUACUGGAAAUGUGACUAUGCCAACAAUACCAACGUUUUACCACACGUGGACACACUUCUCAAUAUGGCGAGCGGUUCUUUCCAUACUUGGCCUUGUCUAUUUUGUUAUAUCGGGCCCUCAAGAUAUGGUUUAUCACAAUCUUCAGCAAUUAUUGCAAUUCAAACUUUCCUUGCAAAGUAUUGGAUGA